GCAGUUUGCUUUCCUUUCCUAACAUUUGGCUCCAGGAUGCCCAGAGGUGGGCUGCUGGGGGUUCGCAGGAGUUCAGGAGAACCUCUAUCUAAGAUUCUGUGCAGUUUGGAGAACCCCCAAAUCCCACUCCUGGCUGGCUCCGCUCACCCACCCCAUCUAUUCCAGGAAUCCCCACGCAGCCCUUUUUGGAUGCAGCAUCCCCGAGUUUCAGCUUGAUGGACAGCAUCAUCCACACCACCUCUUCCUCCUCCUCCUCCUCUUCCUCCUCCUCCUCCUCCUCUCUACUGGAGCCCAGGUACUCCCUGCCUGGGUCUGGACCGAGCAGCAUUUCCUUUGCCUGAGCAGCUGUGGAACACCCCCCCACCCCGCCUUCUCUUCUCCUGUCGCCGCCGAUGGCUGGGAAGGGGGACAGCUGGAAACCUCUCCUUCUCUUCAUCCGGGAGAGGCAGCAAAUGCCAGCAAAGUAAGGGAGAUGUCAACAAACCGGAGUGUCAAUGGCUCUUCCUCCCAAGUGCUCGUGGAGGAAAACUCCGUGCGGGACAGCGUAAAGGUUAUCACAGGGGUGAUAUUCAGCUUCAUCUUCUUGGCUGGUGUAACUGGGAAUGGGGUAGUCCUGUGGGUCACCGGGUGGAAGCUGCGAUGGACCUCCAACACUGUCUGGUUCUUCAAUCUGGCCUUAGCCGACUUAGCAUCCACCUCCCUCAUCUUUGUCACGGUACUCAACUUGGCUCUUGACCUACAUUGGCCUUUCGGCUCCGUGGCUUGCAAAGUGGCCAACUGCCUCUUCGGGCUGAGCGUAUGUAGCGGUGUGUUGCUCCUGAGCUCCAUCAGCGUGGAUCGCUGCGUGUUGGUGGUGGCUCCCGUCUGGUGCCAGAACUACCGCACGCCCCGACUCACCUGGGCGGCUUGUGGAUUCCUUUGGCUGCUGUCGUUGGCAUUCUUCGUCCCCAGCUCAUACUUCUUCACCCAGGUCUCCGUGGAUAACAACAACCGGAGCUCUUGCAACAACCUGGACAUCUUUCAGGACUGGCAACAAGCCGAAGUCCUCACCGUUUGCAUUUUCCUCUAUCAGUUCCUCCUUCCUUUGCUGGUGAUCUCCAUUUCCUACACGAUCCUGGUGGUGACCAUGAGCAAGAAGAAGCUGAACAAAUCCAGCAAACCCUUCUUGGUGGUCACCAGGGUGGUCUUCUGUUUUUUCCUCUGUUGGCUCCCUUAUCAUGCUUUGGCUCUGGCCAGGAUCUCGAUGGAUCACGUGCCCGAGAGCAUGCGGCUGGUGGCCAUUCCCCUCUCCAAAUGCCUGGCCUUGUUCAACAGCUGCAUCAACCCCUUGCUUUACGUCUUUGUAGGGCAGGAAUUCCAAGAUGCUGUCAGGAGAUCCUUGCUGCACAUCUUCAAGACCGCUUUUGAGGAAGCGCCCUUGGGCGCCAAUCUCUGAGAGAUGUCAACCAGGAAAGCUGGUCUCUCAGGGUUUCCCUGGCAGAAGAGGGCAUUCUGAAACUAUUAGGAGUGGGAGGGACAGAGAGACCAGGAUUAAAAACAAACAAAAACAAACCAGGACGGAAGUGAAAAGGAUGAGAUAAUUAGCACACCACCUUGGUGCGAUGGAAGCAUAGAAUUGCUGAAUGUGCGUAACCCGGGCCACCUGGGGAACUCUCCAUUUUUGUCCCUCUUUUUCCUUACUAGUGAAUCUGCUCAAACUUCAGUCCCCAUUGAGCUCAGUGGGGUGGGUGGUGGGGGUACACUUCAGUGGAAAAGAUUACCGCCUUACUUAAGCUAGUACAAUUCUGCGUUCGGUGUGCCGUUUAUUGGCUUGACUGCUCCAUUUUUUUCAACUUGCAGCAGCUCGUGGAGAAGCAGUCCUGCUUAUAGGUGUUUGGAUGGUCUCCUUUCCCAAUGUUUUUUGGGUCAGAGACUCCCUUGGAAAGUGGGAUGAGGAUGGGGUGAGAGAGGAACUGGAGCUGUUCCCUACCUCAUCACCAUUUAAAGACUCCAUAAUCCCUUGUGGGUUGGAGUCUGGGCAACUGAAUGGAGCUAGCUGAAUGUUUUAAUGACCGGAUGCCCUUCCUGUCGCCAAUGGAGAGUUUUGUUCAGCAGAUAUAUUCUCAGUGUGCCCAGAGAGAGAAAUAUCUGCCUCUACCUAGGAUCGAACUCACAGCCUCCUGAUUGUGAGGCGAGAGCUUCACCUCUAGGCCACCGCACCAUUCUGCUGAGCAGUUCCCUACCUCCCUGUCUCAAAAAUGUAAAUUAUUGUAAAGCAAAAUCUGCAGGGGGGAAAAAAAUAAUCCUACCGCUUGGUGUAUUUCUGUCAUGGCGGUCAGUAUAGCUGGACCCCUGGUUACCUUUUCUAGAUUACAUCCUAUCCCAGUAUUUCUCAACCAUGGCAACCUGAAGAUGAGUAGACUUCAGCUCCCAGAAUUCCCCAGCCAGCCUUGGAAUUCUGGGAGUUGAAGUCUACUUAUCUUCACGUUGCCAAGGUUGAAAAAUUGUCCAUUCAUCUUCACGUUGCUAAGUUUGAAAAACACGGUCCUAUUCCAUGUAUUCCUCCUUCCUCCCUUUUCAUUUUUCUUAAAAAAGUACAAGUUUUUCAUCAAGUUGAGCCUGGCUUUUGGUGGCAUACAUACAUCAAGGCCAUUUUCUGGGCAUCAGAUGGAAAUGGUUGGCUCCUGCUUUUACUGGAGAAUUGUUGUUGUUUUUUACUUCCCAGUCUAGCUAAUAACCCCGAGAUUCCUAUACAUAAUAGUGCCUCUCAUUCUCAGCCACUGUUAAAAUAUAUGGACCAGGGGUGAAAUCCAGCAGGUUCUGACAGGUUCUGGAGAAACAGUAGCGGAAAUUUUGAGCAGUGCAGAAAACCAGCAAAUAUCACCUCUGGCUGGCCCCAGAGUGGGGUGGGAAUGGGGAUUUUGCAGUAUCCUUCCCCUGCCACGCCUACCAAGCCACACAUUGCCCACCAAGCCACGCCCACAGAACCGGUAGUAAAAAAAAUGGAUUUCACCACUGGUAUGGAUUUCAAUUUCCAGAACUCCUCAAGAAGGUGGACUUCAACUUCCUGAAGUCCCCAGCCAGCUGGGGGAAUUCUGGGAGUUGAAGUCCACAUAUCUUAAUGUUUGCAAACACCAAUUUAGUGUCACACCAGAGCUUUGGAACCGUAGUCAGAACACAAGGAAUUAUUUAAAACAAUUAAAUGGUCCCUUUUAAAAAAAUAUAUAUAUCUAAGUAAUGCAAAGCAUCCCUUUUCUGGGAAUCCUCCCCCAUAGCACCACUUUUUCCUCUUAUGUGCCACAGGAUAAAUUUUCAUUUUUUCAAAGCAUGCCGCAGGGUUUCUGUGUCUGCAGCUAAGGGGACUUUUAAAACUACUUUUAAUCAAUCGCUUGUCAAUUAAAAUAGGGAGCCUUUGUUUUGCACUACUUGAGUAAUCGUUCAGGGGGAAAAAAACAAGCUGUGAGUUAUUUUGAAGAAAGUUCUCUGUCUGAGAUGACGGUCUGUGUCCAUGAUGUUAUUUAAUCAGAAACACAGUUUUGCCUACUAUCAACUUGUUCACCUUCUAAGUUAGCAUUCAGAUAGGGCAGGAGUCAGCAACCCGCAGCUCUGGAGCCGCAUGUGGCUCUUCCAUCCCUCUGCUGCGGCUCCCCGUCGCCGGUCGGCUCCACAAGUGAUAGGGCUUUCGGUUAGGACAGGUAGAGGAAAAAGGACGCCGCGCUAUGAGGAGUCUCUAUGGUGGGGAACUGGACUUCCAGUCAGCUCCAGAAUUGAAUGGGGGUGUUCCGGUUAGGAACUUUGUGGCUCUUUGAGUGUUUAAGGUUGCCGACCCCUGAGCUAGGGUUACAUCCCUGACAUGAUCAACUCUACUUUUAAAUUAAGAAGAUCCUUGCAUCGCUUUCGUCCUUAAAAACUCUUUUGUGUCUUGGUCAUAUUACUUGCAAAAGCUCUCACUGUCCUUGAGAUGUUUUCCGUUUGUAAAGAUCACCAACAAGAAGCACACUGUACCCUGGCUACCAUUAUCCCAUUCUUCAUAAUGUCCCCGGGGGUGAAUAAUAACCACUGAUAAUUAGCUCACUGAAAAGCAAGAGACUGGUCUUUUCUCUAGAAUGGAUAGGACAAUCUCUUCCUUCUGUUUUUAAGUGACCAUCUAGAGACCAUACCCCCAAAGUUAAUUAAACCAACCCUUUUUUUUCUUUGUGCAGAGCAUGGAGUGAGGGAUUGGAGGUGGGGGCGGGGAGGACGUUUUAACCUUUCUCAUUUGCCUCUUGGAGGAAGAAACACUCACUCCAUUAGCAAGGUUUAGGUGGCCUGAUCUUAAGGCUGGAGAAACGAGAUUGGGGAGGUGGAUGUGACCCACCCAACGAAGAGAAAAAUCUCAAGUUUUUGAACAAAAUGGAGCAAUUUUCAUUUGUUUGGAUUUUCAGCUGCGAAGAGAGUUGCUUCUAAGACCAUUUAUGGUCUAGAACAGGGCUCAGCAACCUGCGGCUCUGGAGCCGCAUGUGGCUCUUUCAUCCCUCUGCUGCGGCUCCCUGUUGCUGGUCAGCUCCACAAUUGAGAGGGGUUUUGGUUAGGACAGGUAGAGGAAAAAGGAUGCUGUGCUAAGAGGAGACUCUUAUGAUGAACCAGACUUCUGGUCGGCUCCAGAAUUGAACAGGGGCUUCCAGUUAGGACCUUUGCGGCUCUUUGGAGUGUUUAAGGUUGCCGACCCCUGGUCUAGAAAGAUGGAGAGCCAUCUUUCCAGGGCUUUAAAGAAUAUUUGCUUUCUGGAUGGCUACAGAACUCGCUCUUUCCAUUCGAUUUUUUGGGGGGCUGAUUUUAAAGCGAGACAUAAUCUCUCUUACUUCAGAUCAAGUUUCCUAAGUGGGGGGAACAAAACGGAACUUUUUCCUGUGCGUGUAACUUAAAACCAAAAGCUGGACUGUGCAAGAAAGCAAAUGCCAACUAACCAGCAACCAAACUUGGUGAAUGGGACAGGAUGUCUCAAACAAUGGUCUCGUCUUUCUGGAGCGUUUCAGCAAAAUGUGGCUAGCAUUUCGUAUUUUGCAUCGAGCGGGGAGUCAGGCUAAAAAAACUGCUGUUCUUUGGACCCCAGAUUGAGGAGUGGGGGGCGGGGGGCGGAGUGCAGGGGGAGGCAUAAAACAGAUGCCUGCUGCUUAAGAUAACAAAACUUAAGAGAUGGAGAGCGAAUUGAGAGACAAUCACCCUUCUCCUGCCAUCCUCAAACUCCUACCACGUCUUAUAUCCUACUGUGCUUGGGGACGAAUCAUGUGCCCAUUUAAGAAAAAGAAUGGACACCACUUUUUAAAAGCUUGUGUUUUAUACACCACUUUUAACAGCUGACGUGGCCCAGCAUGUAAAGCUUAGUUAUAAUCGCAAUAUGGCUUAGUGAUGUUGUCUGAAUUCAACCCGUUUGGUUAGCUUACAGCUUUUGACAUUAUCAAGUGCAGAUGUGUUUAGUGACCAGGUUCAGCAUAACCUGCAUGUAAAAUUAAGUCACUUUUUUUGAGGUUGGGGGGGCGGGAUGUCGUCUUGACAUUUUUAUACUUUUCUCAGCCUAGCUGAGAACACUUCAACAUGCCUCAACUUGAAGGUAAGAGUUGAGGGUCAUUUUAUGUGCAUCUCAACCAUCAUCUGAAACAGGGGUGUUUAACCCUGGGAACU